ACCCGCGGCCGUCAGAAGAAGACAGGAAUUAUCGACCUCGACGACCCGACGGACGACGACGACGAAGUUCAGUUCCUUUAUUCAUCAGAUUCCUUCGAACGAACCCACUCGGUCAUCGAACCCGGCGAGUCUUCUAACUCCCCUUCCACCACUGUUACUGUUACCUUCGCAUGUGAAAUCUGCACCGAGACCAAACACUUCUCCGAGUCAUUCACCGGAAUGGGUUGCUCUCAUUCUUACUGUUCCGAUUGCAUUGUCAAGUACGUAUGCUCAAAGCUUGACCAAAACAUAACCCAUGUCCCCUGCCCUGAUUCGGGUUGCGACAAGGGUGUACUGGACCCGGACCACUGCAGUCGGAUCCUUCCGCCGGAUGUGUCUGAUAGGUGGGGCAGUGCUCUCUGUGAGUCCGUGAUUCUAACCUCGGAGAAAUUUUACUGCCCUUUCAAGGAUUGCUCGGCCCUUAUGAUUGACGACGGCGGUGGCAAUGGAGGAGGAGGUGGGGGUGGGUGUGGUGAGGCUAUUGCGGAGGCGGAGUGUCCCAACUGCAAUCGAUUGUUUUGUGCGCGGUGUAAGGUUCCGUGGCAUCCGGGGAUUGAGUGCUCGGAGUAUCAGAAACUGAACAAGGAUGAGAGAGGGAGAGAGGAUAUCAUGUUGAUGAAGCUUGCCAAGGACAAGAAGUGGACGAGGUGUCCCAAGUGCAUGAUAUAUGUUGAGAAAACCGAGGGUUGCUUGUUUAUCCUCUGCAGGUGUGGACAUUCUUUUUGUUACAACUGUGGAGCUUUCAUGAUACAGCACUACUGCGAUAUAUGUAAGCAUUGAGCACGCUUUCAAUCUUUUGUCAGUAGCGAGUAAAGGGACUUCUACUUUUUGGCUUGAAGAGGGAUCAAGAGCGGGCUCCUUCAGCCAGGCAACAUGCACAGUCUCAAGUACAAGAGCGGGUUGUAUCCUCUUCAACGUCUCUACACUUGUUUGCCUUAUUUUGUUCUCUUCCCAAGUCGUCACACAUGCCUUUCUAUCUACCCUUUUAAGAAGACCAUGCGAAUAUACUAGCUUAGGGGACUGGGCUAAUUAGGUCAUUAUAAUCCAAGAUGCGAAUUGACAAAUAGGAAUUAUGGUUUUUGGAGGUGUUUGAAAUGUGAACACUUCGUACCUCAGUUCCUAUAAGGGAGACAAACUUCCUGAUAAAUAUGGUUACAAUUUAGGGUUUUGUCUUGUCUAGCUACUUGUGCUCUACUGGAUUUCUUGCAAUACUUUCACUUCUUUA